CGUAUAAGAAAGAAGCAUCAACAUAUAUAUGAGGUGUGCAGUUUAGUAACUCAAUAAAUCCUCAGUUUUAUUAAAGCAUGAGCCUUAAUUGGUGAAAUUGAAGGCAAGUCAUGACAUAGACAGGUGGCAUUUUAUCAUUUCAUAUGUGAACAUGUGUCCCUCAUGCAAAUGCAUAGUCAGAAGAAGAAGAGUAAUAUCCAUUUAUUCAUUCAUCAAUGGAUUCUGUUUACAAUCCCCGACCGCUUGGCCAAAUUCUUCUUUGCGAUGGCAACUCAAACGAAAUCGACAGCACCUAUGAUUAUGAGGGUUUCGCUUUCCCCUUCUCUUCCCCCCUCCUUUUCAAGCUGCUCUGCAAUCUCAUUCCAUCUUGCAUUUGUGAUUUAAAGGGCGAAGAAGGUGAAUAUAGUUAGGAAAAUGUCUCCGACCACCACUUGAGAGAGAUUUAUUAUUAGCUUGAGUUCUGUUGACAUAUUUUCUACCUUCAUUUUUUUACGGUUUGAUUAGCAGACGUCUCACACAAAAUGCAAUUGUACUUCCUUAUCUUUUUUUUUAUGGUUACAGUUCUUUGCAUGUGGGAAUACAUAGCACCAGAGAAGGUUUUCCGGUGGUCGGCGACUGAUUAUAAACUUCCGACCUGAUUGGUGACUACAUGCUUCUUCGGUUCCCCUUCUCUCCACCUCCUCUUCAUGACCCCAUAUGAAAAGUUCACCUGAUGCUUGCCCAGCCGCCAGGGCCUUCCCACGGAAUUACGCUACAAACGGCCACAUGGAAUUAAAUCGUUCAAUAAUCCGGCGAUGAACAGUGUUCCCCGACUAAAGUGUCGUUAUUUUCGGUAAAAUUGUGUCUUACGGCGCCGUAGGGUUAUAGUUUCCGGUAAAAAUGUGGUUACCGCUAUUUUGUCGUAAUGAACAGUAAUUGAACCUUAAGUAAACUUGCGGGUUAAUAAUACUAACUAAUAAUAAUAAUCAUUAGUUUAUGAAGUAUUUUGUCGUAAUGAACAGUAAUUGAACCUUAAGUAAACUUGCGGGUUAAUAAUACUAAUCAUUAGUUUAUGAAGUAUUUUCUCUAUAUGUUAUUGCCAAAAAAACAUAUAAGAAUGGGUCGCUCCGCUCUAUUACGUAUCCGCGUGGGUAUUAACUAAACUUGUGGGUUAAUAAUACUAAUAAUAAUCAUUAGUUUAUGAAGUAUUUUGUCGUAAUGAACAGUAAUUGAACCUUAAGUAAACUUGCGGGUUAAUAAUACUAAUCAUUAGUUUAUGAAGUAUUUUCUCUAUAUGUUAUUGCCAAAAAAACAUAUAAGAAUGGGUCGCUCCGCUCUAUUACGUAUCCGCGUGGGUAUUAACAGAAACGAACUCCGCUGAGUGCGGGGACGGGUAUGAGUAUAUUACGUAUCCGCGUGGGUAUUAACAGAAACGAACUCCGCUGAGUGCGGGGACGGGUAUGAGUAUUGAGGUACUAGCCCCGCUCCUCUGCCAUCAGUACGUAGUACGUACAGGCUAUAUAUGACUCAGACUGAUGUAUUUAAGGAGUACACGAUACUUCGGGUACUUCUAAUGAGAUAUCUCAUAUCUCUAUCUAGAUCACGAAUGGAUAUACCAUUAAUGGAUAAACCCAAGACAAUGAUUUCUCAAACCAAAACCCAAAUAUCAAUUUGAUAAAAAACGAUUUUGAUUCUAUCGAACAAUGAAAUUGAUCUAGCUAAUAGCUAAAUCAUUUGAUACUCGAGUACACAAUGCAAGUUAUUGCCGGUUUUUUCUUCACUGGCCAAAUGGGAGCCUAGAGUAAGCCCCGCUCGAUAAACGUCCCUUGGCGAGUCGCGACGCAGUGAGAAGGGUUACAACUUACAUACAUGGUGAUGAGUUAUUGAGUAGGUCACUCUGGUUCGCAUGCAAGACCAGACCAUCGCUUCCCUCUCCCCUGAAAGAUGAUAAGGUCAUCUCCGACAGACUGACAGUCGACAUAGCAUUCGUCUUAACAAGUACUAGCUAGAUGCCCGUGAUCAUGGUAAUUAAUUCACAUACCCUAUAUAAUCGCAUUCAUUUUACGACACGUUCGGAACUUAAAACUUUAUUGGAUCUACAAAUCAGGAAUAAACAGUGGCGAACUUAGAAUUGUUAAAGAGGGGUGUCUCCGAUAAAAACUUAUAAUAAAUAUAAUAAUUAAAUAAAAAUAAAAAUUUAAUAGAAAUUAUUGGAAGUUCAUUUCUAAGUUGACAACGUCAUGUUUACUACAAAUUAUAACGAUUUUUCAUAUCCUGAUUUUUAAAAAAAUACAUUUAUCGCUUAUGUUGCAAAUCAAACAUUUUUCGAUAUACACAACUACAUAAUCAUUCAUAAAUUAGUCACUCAACCUCAACCAAAGAGAAUCUACCCACAUCUAAAAUCAAAGUUAAAAUAAAUUAGUUUAUAAUCAAAUAUAGUAAACCACGAUCUACCAAUUGGCAUUUUAGACAAAACAAAGUAUGCGUAAACUAAUAUCAUUAGCAUUUUUUCUCUAGUUCUAACAAAUUAACCAAAAUCAAACCAAAAUCUCCCAUAAAUCUACGCAAUUCACCUAUUAACCACAAAUUGACAAGUUAAAUUGGGUUGUGGGUUACUUAGAACAAGCAUGCUUAUUUGAUUUUACUUAUUAUUGUUAAUUACUAAUUAUGAUGAAUAACUUUAUAAUAUUAAAAAUAUUGUUGUAUAAUGAAGGUGUGUCACUUAUAAUUAUUGCGGUGUCGGAAGUCUCAAAUUAAAAUUUUUUGUACCGGAAAAAUGGAGGUCUUUCACAAAAUUUCUGGGCGCCCCUAUCCCUAGGUCCGCCCCUGGGAACAAAUACAUAUUACAAUCAUUUCGUUACAUGUUGUGGUACUUGUGAUCCCAUGAAUAUAUCAAAGAUAUUUCUGAUUGGAUGUUUCGAUAUAUGAACAUCUAACGAUACAAGAACUUGGUCUAGUAAUCAUACUAGUAUUAGUCUUGAAUCUAGAGAUCAUAGUCGCAAGUCUUUUAAAUUAAAAAACAAAAUGUACAUAUACGAACAUCGUCCUAGCUAUCCUACAACAGUAUCACGACUAGGUACUCUUGCAGUUAUUCCACAUCUUCUUUCACUCCUGAUAGAGUGCAAGUUCUCUGUCUUUUUGUGUGUUUAUUGUUUUGGUAUUCAUGCAUAUGGCCCUACACAGUACUGAAACUUCCUUCUAAUGAAUAUAUAUAUAUAUAUAGCCAUCUCAAAUAUUCACUCACAAGAAAACCCAACGCUCGCCUGCAGUAGUAAUUCAGUUUCCCGUUAGUAAUCGGCAGCUAACUGGGCUCUACCUCCGGCAGGAGCCUGCAGCAUUGAAGUUAAUUUAAUACGAUCUUAUAUUGUGUCCGAAAGACCUUAAUUAUCGAAAAAGACCGGUUGUUAAAAUGUGUGUUCGUUUUCCAAAAUUUAACAAACGAACAAGUUCGUUAACUAUCGUUCGCAACUUGUUAAUAUACUAGUGACGUAACAUAGAAUACUUCGCUGAAUAAAUUUGUCGACAUGCAUUUCAAUGAGGUAAAUAUAUGAAUAACUAAAAUCAAUAUAUAAGAGCUAGAAUAUCAUUGCCAUUCGUUCAUUCAUUCACAUGAUCACAUAUAUAUCAACAUUGUAGUAUCAUACGAAUUUUGCAUGUCUUUUCUAUAUUUAUGAAGAUUGGCAGAAGGCCAAUAGCAGCUGGUUGGUUUUACUAUUGCCUGACAGCAUUGAUUUCUUGGUUUCAAUUUUUGACCCUACCCAAAAUUAUAACUGAAACUUAUUGCCAUAAAUAUUUUGCCGUAUCACAGAUAUUCCCUGUGGAAAUGGAAAGAAGAGAGACGUAGGGAUCCCCAUGCAUUAUUGCUUCAACCAUUACCCCGUAUCCACCCUUCUCCAACCUAUUUCAGUACACUAGUACAGUUUCAUCUUCAUAAAUUCUGUCAUGGUUAAUUAAUAAUUUUGCUGUUGGGAGAAUGGAGGUUCGUCUAACGCAACUGCACACCAUGGUAUAUCAUUCACUACCAUGCAAGAACUACUAUUUAUUCCACGCUAGUCUCUCCAAACACCAACACAUCGUCAUCAUUACUAUUACACAGGCAAAACCCUAGCUAGCUAAACUAGAUUGCUGCCGAAACAUGUCCACACAACUACUACUAACCUUCCUUUCCCUAGUCAUCUUCCUAUGGCAUUCGCUUCUUAGAAACAAGCACUCGCCGGUCUACCAAUGGCCAUUCCUGGGGAUGCUCCCUGGCCUCCUCUUGAGCUUAUACAACUACACACUCCACGACUUCUACAUCAGAGCCUUGAGGCGAACCGGGGGAACGGUCCUUCUCAAGGGACCCAGUUUCGUCAAAGCCGACUUCAUGGUCAUGAGUGAUCCCGCCAACAUCAACCACAUCUUCUACAAGAACGCCGCCAACUACGAGAAGGGCCGGGAUUUCAAGGCCAUAAUGGAGCCUCUAGGCGACGGGAUCUUCAAUGUCGAUGGCGACUCGUGGAAGUUCCAGAGGAGGCUCCUUCAUUCUUUGCUUAAGAACUCCGAGUUCGAGGGUCAUGCCGUGCAGACCCUCGUAGAGAAGAUGAGGAGCACCCUUUUGCCUGUCCUCGACCGGAACGAGGUGGUGGACCUACAGGACGUGUUCAAGAGGUUCAUGUUUGACAACAUGUGUCUGUUGGUUGUGGGAUUCGAUCCACAAUACCUCCCCGUGGGGUCCGAGGGCGGCAGGCUCCCUGACAAUGCAUGUGGUAAGGCGUUCGACGAGCUGGAGGAGGUGGCGGUCUACCGAUUCAUAGUCCCGAUGUGCGUGUGGAGGCUUCAACACCGACUCAAGAUCGGAAUGGAGUGGAAGUGCAUUCAAGCUUGGCGCACCGUAGAUAACUUCUUGUAUGGUAGCAUCAAGAGGAAGAAGCAAGAAUUAGUGUCGAAACACUCCUUUGGCAAUGAUGUGACUAAAAGAAACAAGCUGGAUUUGUUGACACAAAUCCUGGUCAUGAAAGAUGAGGGCGGCGGUGGUAACAAACCAAUCAUUGAUAAAACAUCCGAUAAGUUUCUGAGGGACACUACAUUAACGUUGGUCGCAGCCGGGAGAGACACCAUUAUUGUCGGCCUAACUUGGUUGAUAUGGUGUGUGGCGAACCACCCCACUAUUGAGAAAAGAAUUCUCGAAGAGCUGAGGCAAGUGAUGGCGGCGCGACAGUCAAGUGAUAUUGAUGGAGAUGAAAGAAGCGGAUUUUUGAGAAACGAUGAGUUGAACAAACUUGUGUAUCUUCAUGCAACCAUUUAUGAGACACUGAGGUUGUAUCCACCGGUGCCAUUGGAGCACAAGUGUGCCGUGGAGGCAGAUGUCCUUCCAAGCGGGCACACGGUACGUAAAGAAGAGAGGAUAAUAUUCUCCAUAUAUGCCAUGGCUAGGAUGGAGGAGAUAUGGGGAGAGGAUUGCAUGGAGUUCAAACCGGAGAGGUGGAUUUCCGAGAAAAGGACGAUACUACAUGUCCCAUCGUACAAGUUCAUGACCUUCUUGGCUGGGGCAAGGACCUGUUUGGGAAAGAAUAUGGCAAUUACGCAAGUCAAGUCUCUGGCAAGUGCUCUCCUUUGGAACUACAAAUUUGAACUUAUAGAUGAUGGGUCCUCCGGUAAGCCGACAGUUAGCAUGGUGUUGUUCAUGAAAGAUGGGCUGAAGACUAGAGUCUCUAAGAGAGACCAUUGAGAAUAAUAUUGUUCAUGUUGCUUUCUUAAUGUAUGUUUGUUGUGGUGGUCUAGUGGAAGUGCUUCAUUUAUUUGUCACUAUGUCUAGGGUUUGCAUUAAUGAGUCGUGUGAGGUCUACUUCUUUUGAUUAUUUGUGUUGUCAUGUUUCAUCCAACUGCAUGGGAUGAACUAGCUAUAUAUGUUCCCUAUUGGUAGUAUGUUAUUCUUGCGAGCAAUGUAGUAAAAAAUGAGUUUAUAAGUAUAAACAUUUUGGUGAUCUAAAAGCGUAAAAUUAUAAGUUUUUAAGUUUUAAAGCGAAGUUUUUAACUAGAUAAGUUGUAAAAACUAAAAUUUUGUAUAAAAUCUUUUUUUGUCAUAAACCAGUUGGUCGCAAUAACUCGAGUUAUUGGGAGAAGGUUGUGCAUGAUCUUAUACAGGCCCAUGUAUGGUACCUAACCACUUCCUUACAUGCCCUCUCAAACAAAAGCCGACUCAUAGGCUUGAAGUUUGCACAAGCCCGCCAUACCAUGUGCUUGAAAGACAACGAUUAAUAUUUGGGGUCGUGAGGACUUGAACACGUGAUUCAAGGACAAACCAGCUCUGAUACCAUGUCAUAAACAAGUUGGUCUCAAUAACUCGAGUUAUUGGGAGAAGGUUAUGCUGGACCUUAUACAGGCUCAUGUAUGAUACUUAACCACUUCCUUACAUUUUUAGCUAAAUCUCACAUAAUAAAUCAUGGUCAAUACAAAAAUAUCUUUCCUAUUUUUUACUUUGAUAAAUAAAAUAUAAGUAUCAUUGUCAUAAUAUAUAUAUACACCUCUUGGUCAUACAUACAGUCAUUGCCCGAUAACUUCCUAAAGGCCACAGUCUCUCCCAUUCGCAAGAGUCUUCCUUUCCAUUUUCCAACCACCCAAACAAAAAAGAGUCAAAUAUCCAGCCGACGACCGCAAAUUAUUUGACCACAAAAUGUGUUGGAUUUUUGGUAUGGGAAGUGGGUAUUUUUGUGAAGGAAGAAAUGUAGGAUAAUUGUUUGGAAAACUUAUUUUUGGAAAUGGAGAAUUGCGGUAGAGCAAGAAUGGAACAAUGGAAUCAUUACCAUUUUGUUGUGAAGGGUUUUUUACAGUUAGAGAUUUUUGACAACUAAUAGGUUGGAAAUAUUAAUGAGUGUCAUUAUUAAAAAUAAAAAAAAGAGAAAGAAAUUAGCAAGGGUGAGAAGUGAUAUUCCAUAUAAUGAAGGUUAUAAAUAGUCAUUCCUGUAAGUUGUAAGAUGUGUGGAGAAAACCUCCCACCAAUGAGGUGUGGUGAAACACCCACCAACUGGGGCCAACUGGUUUAUGACACUAUCUAACAAAUUUAUCACCACUCCUUUUAUCUAUAUUUUGUUAUUUAUUGUAAAUUAAUUAUUUUGGUGGUUUCCAGAAAUAACUUCAACUUUCAACAAAAUGUUGGACGAGAAAGUAGUAAAAGCAUGAUCAACUGCGUCUUGAUAACAUCAUAAUCCGGAUGAAGGCCUCUGAGGAAGCACAAGCAUUUGGGAUUACCCGGAGCACCCAACAAGGCACAAUAGGUGAGAAUUGCAAGUAAUUCUCCCAAAGACCCUUGAUGUCAGUGUAAUAUUGAGUGACGGUGCGAUCUCCUUGUUUGCAGGCCUGGAUCUAAUCCUCUAAAUUGAUAAUGCGCAUGGCAUUAGGUUGCCCAAAUCAGCGCUUCAAUUCGUCACAAAGAACACGUUCUCAUGAUUCAUAAUGUUGCAAGCAAUUUCUUUCUGGAGCAAAUUGAUAAUCCAGCAAAGAACUAAGGUGUUGUAGCCAUCCCACAAGGGAAACAAGUCAUUAGUAGUAGGAGGUGCCUUAACCGACCCAUCCACAAAACCAAGCCUAUCCUUCGUUUUCAGGGCCAUCCGCAUAGCACGUAUCCACAUCGAGUAAUUGGUACCAUCCAAAACCUAAAAAAUAGUCGACUGAGAGAGAUUCUCUUUCCCAUUGAGGUAGAAGGGAUUCCCGAAUUUGAUCUCACCUCUGCCACCCGGAGCUAAAGAUUAUGCAUAAGUCCCAAACUGGAACCUAGCACCCGACUGGUUGUCGCUGCUUGAAGUAACCAGUGGCUUAGUAGUGCCGGACAUUGCCGAUGGGAACAAUAAUCUUCAGAUCUAGGGCUCCGAUACCAUGUAGAAAAUAUCGAGCUGGGCGAGAAAUGGAUCGGAAACCCUCGGCCAGAGUAGCUGGGUGAGAUUGUUAUUUAUAGCAGUUCAAGUUUUACUAUUUACCAACGGUAGCAAACGAUUACAAUUCCACUUGAAAAGCAACGACAGGCUAGUAAUAACUAACUGCAUUAAUUAAAUUGUAAAACAUAAAGUGCUUUGAAUCGUCUUCGAGUCCCGAAACAUGUUUCGUUCUUCAAUAUGCUCUUGCGGAGAUGAUGGCAUAUGAACUGCUUGACUACUUUAACGACGCCCGACACAGUCAUGCCUUCACUCGAUCUUCCAUCAACCCCAUCGUGCAUGUCUUCACUCGAGUAGAUCCAGAGAUUUGCCUAGGUAUUCUAGGAGCCGCGCCAUCGUCCUUAUCAUUGAGGAGAUAGUCGAUGACGUCGAACUGGAAGCCCUACUAUGAUGAGUGUCGAGGAGGGAGGAAGAGCGGGAAGGGAGGAGGCGGAGGGUGGUGAGGGUGGAGCAGAGGAGUCGGCGAGACGGAAAGGGGAUCCAGAGAAGUGGAGAGAGGGAGGAAGGACAGAACGGUUGUGGGAAGACACGAGGGGAGAGUUUUUUUUUUAAUUUUUAUUUUGAAAUCAUUUUUAUGAUUUUUUAUUUUAUUAGAGGCUAAGGUGGACGAUGAGGUGGGGCACCGUUAAAAAAUAAUUAACUGUAAUAGAUUAA